CUCAUUUUGCCUUCUGUUCUGCAGUUAGCUGGUGUGAGAUCCACUUCACACAUAUCUUUCUAACAUUCAGCUCAUUGUGUAAAAUGUUUGAAAUUCGGCCAGCACUUAGUCCACACUCGUCCACUAAUGUUUCAAUGGUUAAACUUGGGUUAGCCUGCAAAAUGCCUCUGACACGAUCUGUGUUUUUCUCGUUCACGGCUGAUUUCGGGCGUCCUUCAUGUGGCUGAUCUUGCAGAGUGUCUCUACCACUACUAAAUUCACGUAUCCAUCGGGCAACUGUGUUGAAUGAAGAACAUUUGUCCCCGUGCACAUGCUAUAGACCAGCAUGAAUCUGGCUUGCACUAUCUCUGAGUUUCAUCCAGGUGAAAACAGAAUCGUUCACUAUCUUUGUUAAACUCCAUAUUUUUAGGCCACAGUCAAAACGGACACUUUUUGCUGAACUAGUACACAGCCUACAAUAUAGAUACAGAUACUGUUAUUAUCUCUAGACAAUAGUCAAUGUCACUUGUAUAUGCCACUAUCAACAAAUCAACCCAGAUGCAAACCACUCCUUUCGUACAUGCUCACUUCCAAGACUUUUUGAAUGCCCCACGUAGCGUUGUGAUCAUUCGAACGUCUGAGUUCGUCUUUCGAUUCUGUGUCGACUCGAAGCUUUCGUCGAUUGCUGGUACACUACUGGUUCGAACUUCGCAAAAGCGUUAUCGCGCCGUACAGUUAUGGCGAACAUUACACCUGCAUGAUUUUGGCAUUUCGGCGAAGGAAAAAGAUGAUGAAUUAAAUGCCAAAUUUGCCAACCCUCAUGGCUGGCUGAAUCCCCGAAUCACCCCGUUGCCAGGCAUCCUCUUUCCGUUCUCUCCGUUCCCUCGUUACUCCUCACGCUCACCAUCGUUUCAAGCCUUCAUCAUCUGUGACUGCUCCAUCAAAGGAGACUCGUCACCGUUACCCUGCUCGUUUAAUUCACCGUCCCCAGAAUCCAUAGCCAGAAUUCACAUCGCUCCCGCGUGUCGUUGCAGCAACUGUCCCUGUACAUAGCGUGUCUGUGCCACGACUUGGACCAUCGAGGGAAAAACAACAAGUUCAUGACGGAGUCGGCAACCCCCCUCGCCGCCCUCUAUUCCACCUCCACGCUGGAGCAUCACCACUUCAACAUGACCGUCGCCAUUCUGCAGCAGGAGGGACACAACAUCCUGAAGCACCUGUCGGAGGAGGCGUACAAGCAGGUGCUGGGGAACAUCAAGCACUGCAUCCUUGCCACCGACUUGGCUCGAUUCUUCCCGAACAGGGACAGGCUCAGCGCUGUCGUCGAGAAUAAGAGCUUCUCUUGGAGCAACCUUGAUCACAGACUCCUCGUGGAAGCGAUUGCCAUGACGGCAUGCGACCUGUGUGCAGCAUGCAAACACUGGGAUGUUCAGUAUAAGACAUCUCAAGUCAUCUUCGAAGAGUUCUACCAACAAGGCGAUGCGGAGAAGGUCGCGGGAAGAACCCCCGCUCCGAUGAUGGAUCGCGAUCAACCCGAUCAGCAAGCAGCCUGUCAGGUGGGCUUCAUGAAGGGGAUAUGCCUUCCUUGCUACAAGUUGCUGUCCAAAGUGAUACCUCAGACUAAACCUCUGCUUCAAGGCUGCGAGCAAAACACAGAGCGCUGGAUGCAGAAAGCAUCCGAGGUCGAGAUGCAGCGAAAGGGAAGAAUCGGCACUUCUCAUUGA